UUUGAGCAGACGGUUUUUUGUUGUAGGCCUAUACUUCAAUUUUUGUCUAAUUUAUUAUUGGAGAAAACCAAAUGCUGUUUCCUAGUUGAAGAAGCGUGCGGAGGUGUCGCAGUGAUCCCUAGGGGCGGUAAUAUCAGUAAUAUUCGUUUGGUGGCCCAAUUUUACUAGCAGAGGAGGACGGGUGGAGGAGGCAAAAGUUGGGGCGAGCGGUGGUGACCAGACAAGGAUCUUGGCCUUGCUGGGCUGGGCCUGGGCCAGUCUGGACUCAAUUUACCUUAUCGAGUAGUGUAGUUAAGCCUGAAGCAAGAUGAGUCGCGGCGGCGAAGCGUCUAAAGUCAACGUCCCUGAUGAUUUGCGCGAUAUUCUUCUUGAGUUCACCAUUAAUUAUCUGCUGGAGCAGCCGCCGGACAUCAUCGACUACGCUGUGGACUUUUUCAAAAAGCUCCAAGAGAACCGCCGGGCUGCUCCGCCCAAGGAAAAUGCUCCAGUUUCCCCUGACGAUUCUAUUCUAUCCAAUGAAGAUGAGCCUCCAGUAGGCAGAUUUUCAAUCAGGAGGAAGUCUGUUUUUGCAGAACAAUAUGAUCCAGAAGAAGAUGACGAGGAAGAGGGUGCAAAGGUGGUUUUCCCUAAAUCAGAUGAACAAAGGGCAAGGCUAGCAGACAGCGUCAAAAAUAUUCUGCUCUUCCGUUCUUUGGACAAGGAGCAAAUGACAGAAGUUUUGGAUGCGAUGUUUGAGAAGAUUGUCUCUUCUGGUGAUUAUAUCAUUAGGCAGGGAGAUGAUGGUGAUAACUUCUAUGUCAUAGAGAGUGGCAUUUAUCAUGCAUUUGUAUCUGAUGGUUCUUCAGAGCCAAAGAAAGUCCAUACAUAUGAAAAUUCUGGCAGUUUUGGAGAACUGGCUCUUCUGUACAAUAUGCCUCGUGCUGCUACUGUGCAGGCAGCUUCCCCAGGAGCGUUGUGGGCCAUGGAUCGCCAGACUUUCCGUCGCAUUGUGCUCAAGAGUGCCUUCCGUAAGCGUAAAAUGUAUGAAAAGCUAAUUGAUUGUGUGCCAAUGCUCAAGUCACUUCAGCCAUAUGAACGCAUGAAUCUUGCUGAUGCACUGCUGCCACGUCAGUAUGUUGAUGGCCAACUCAUUAUCAGACAAGGGGACUCUGCUGAUGGAAUGUAUGUUGUGGAAGAGGGGUCUGUUCGCAUUGCCAUUCAGGGUGACAGUAAUAACCAAAUAGAUAUCAACACAGUACAGAAAGGUGGAUACUUUGGAGAACUGGCUCUUGUAACUCACAAGCCUCGUGCUGCAUCUGUCUAUGCUGUUGGGAAAGUCAAGCUAGCCUUUCUUGAUGUGGAGGCAUUUGAACGUUUGCUCGGCCCUUGCAUGGAGCUUAUGAAACGCAAUAUUGAUGACUAUGAAGACCAGCUCGUCCGCAUCUUUGGUUCCAAAAAUAACAUCACUGAUAUUCGAUGAACAGUUCAUCUUACGAACAUCACAACCAGUUUUAGGCUUCUGGUCUCGCGGCACCUAGGUCCACAUCUGCUCUCCCAUUUCCUACCCAUGAUAGUCCAUCUCUUAUUGUCCUGUCUGAUGAGAAUCCAUUUAUGCUUUUGUGAAGCUCUUGUCCUUCAUAGGAAUUCUUAAAUGGUGUUGCUUCCCCUCCCCUUUUCCUCUUACUCCCCCUCCCAAUAGACUGCUAGUUUUAUAUACAUCACAUUUAAAUAGGGUUGAUGUGAGUGUAUCCCUUUGAAAGCUUUGACAUAAAUUCCUAUUUGUGUUAUUGAGCAUAAUACUGCUCAUUCUUUUAAUUGUGUUGCAUAAUUGCUGGUUUCUAUUCAUAAUACCUUCCACUCAAUAAGUGUUGAAGUUCCAAACUGCAUCUCUGAAAAGAAGAAAACAUAUUUUGUUUUGCUUACUUCUUUUUACUAAAGUGCCCAUUUUUCAGGCUACAGUCAUAUGGACUCAAAUUUUGCCAUAAAGACAAUUUCAGAGGAGUACUUCCUUAAUCUCAAGCUCUGCUCGAAGGACCCACAUACUUUCUUGACCUCUUGUGCUGAUGAAUUGUUCUUUAUUUGUCCCUAAAGGCAUCUGGAUAUUACAAGAGUUACUUUUCUCUUCAACAUGCAAUAGGCUUUGUGAGGUGGGACUAGAAACUGAUUGUUGCAUGUUAAGCUAAGUAUGUGUACGUGUUGUAAGACUGCAUCCUUUCUUAAUAAUUCAUCUUUCACAUAUCAGAGCAUUUAUCAAAUAAUUCUUCUUUCAUUGCGCCUUUAUGAAAUUUAAGGAAAACUUACUGUGUGUGACUGGAAAUGUACUAGCAAUUGAUUUGCUAUGGAUGUGAACAACUCUAUAUUUCUGUGCAGUAACACUGUCUAGGUGAACAAGCUUGCUUAAAUUUCCCUAUGCAAGCUGUUGUGUAGUCAUUUUUACCUACAAUAAUUCUGUGAAUUGCCUUAUUAAUUUCUUCCCUUUCAAUAUUUAUGUUAUACACAUGGAUCUGUGUUGAACAUUCCGACUGUUUAUCAUUAAUGUUAAUGGGUGCCUUGCGGGCAGGGCAAAAGAUGAAUUGUGUCAAGAAUGAUAAUUCUAAGAGACUGUUCAGUUUGAAUUGUUCUAUCAAACCAGUGUACCUGCAAGCCUGCAGAGUUCAUAAAUGCGGUGCCAUUGGGGUAGGGUGCUCGCAUGUCUAGGAUAUAAUAUCUUUUUCUUUGUUCCUAAAUUGUUUUUUGUUUCAUUUUUUUUAUUAUUUUGGCCAAUUUAGUUUACUAAUUUUUCUUAUUCUUUUUCCAUGUUAAUUUUUUUUUCUUCCUCUUGCUUUGUGUGCUAGAUUAAAUUACAAUUUGAGCAAAACAGUUAACUAUUCAAAGUAGGAGUAAGUGGUCAUUUUCAUGCUGGACGGUCUUGUAAUAAACAUGUGUUAAGGGUCCAAGGCUGGUGAGAGGAGCUUGAGACAAUAGUGUUGGAGCCUACCUUUGGACACGGAGAUUUGGCUCUUCAGUACGCUUUCUCCAAUGUAAAAUGUGGCGCUCUUAUCUGACUUUUUAUUGGUCAUUGCAAUAACUGUGUUCUUAUAAUUAGUUUGACCCUGGAAAUUCUGUCCUACUUCUAAUUAAAAUAGCUAAGUGCAUUAUUCUUUGAAAGUUCUCCAUAACUUGUAUAGAUGAGGUGCCAAAAUGAGACAUUGGAGACAUCAAAUAAAUCUCCCAACCCUUGGAUGGCCCAACUAAGUUUAUUACAAAUAUUUUUGUUAUUUAGUUUCUUUGGUUGUCUGUGGAUAUGCUUUAGGAACUUAAUUCAGUACACAGUAUUAUGGAGAUGUUGGUCAGGAAAAGAAAAUCAGAGUGUUGAUCCUACUACCUACUCUAAGCUUAAGUUAUCUAUAGUUUUGUGAAUCUUGUGAUAAUGAACCCUAUAAGACUCUGGAGUGUGUGUGAUGGCGGUUUUUGAUUUGAUGCUACUCCUCUUUCUAUUCCAUUCUGCUUCUGCCUCUAAUGCCGUCUUGGGUCUGAUUCCCCAAGACUGAACCAAUGGUCUUUGUGAAGUUUUAUCAGUGGUAGUAUUUAGUGGAGUAAUUCAUUGAUUGGUUUUUAUCUUCCUCAUGAUAAAUAGGGCUACCCUAUAAUUUGUACUAAUGCCUUUGUUUUAAGCUCAGUUACAGGAAUUGUAAGUUUUCACCAGGCCAUAUUUUGUGCCAUUCUACUCAUAGUUGUUAAGUUCCAUUGGACUGACUGUAGAUGACUUAUGUCUGCUACUGCUAUGUAACUGAUGCGUUAAGUUUUUUCAUCAAGUUAGGUACUUGCUCUUUGAUUUCAAAGGUUACAAUCAUCUCUAGAAAGCGAUUCCAGUCAACUGUGCAUCAUGGUCAUGCCGCUAUCACCACAUAGAUUUAAAUCAUAAAUUAAAAUUAAUUUUCUUAUCUAAAAAAAAUUCAUACUUAUACCAAAAUGAAAUCUUGCCUGGGAACUAGCUUUUCUGCAAGUUUAUUUUCAGUGUAAUGAGUGUAGCGCACAAGUGUCUUUGUUCAGGUUCAAGCUUUAAAGCAUGCGGUUUUGUCUCGGUCACCUUUUUUUUUUUUCUUUUUUCAUAUAAUGACAAUCAAUGUCUAAAACCCAUGCCUUUUUGCUGACCUUUCUUUCCUCUAUCCCUUGUUUGUUUUUGUUUUUAUUUUGUGAUUGUUCCCAUCAUCCUUACAAGGCACAAAUUUUACAAUACUAACUCUGAUUUAAUACUGACAAGCAGAUGCUGGAAAUCUGUGAGUCUGUAUUUUUGUUUUACAUCUCAUUUCUAAUAAUCGUAUCAUUUGUUUUCCUGUCCACGUGUUUUAAGUAAUUCAGGCAAUCAUACUUCAAAUGGGCCCUUUGCAGUGUUGUACCUAUUGUAAACUGAGAAUGUUUUUUUCAUUGUAGAACCUAAACCCAGUGCUUAGUUAUCAUAAUCUUAGUGCUUUCUUGUUCUGUUAUUAACAGAGAGUCAUUAACAAGUUGUUGGUUUUUGUGUAUGUUCCCUUGCUAUGUAAGUCUCUCCUUUGUCAUUUUCAGUGCGCCGAUUUUUUUGGGAUGUGCCUCCAUUCUAGCAUUCAUACUGUUCUGGAGGUGUUUUACAGGGUGUCCACUCACCGGGAAAUUCCGGGAAAUCGGGAAUUAGCCGGGAAUUUUGUGGCGCCGGGAAAAAUCGGGAAUUAGCCGGGAAAUUGCCACGGGCACCAGGAAAAUUGUAAUUUUCUUGCAAGCGUAGCGCCGCCGUGGACAAUGACUAAAUCCUAUCGUUCAAAUAAAAUGAUUUUUAUUUCAAUUUUUCUUUAUUCGAUUGCAUUACUCUGAACACCCUAUUUUAAGCGUCACAGUAUUUUUGCACUAUUGCUAUACUUACCGAAAAAUUGGCAUGAAAAGUGGAUUUUGGGACCGGGAAAAACCGGGAAUUAGCCGGGAAUUCCAAAGGGCACCGGGAAGUGGACACCCUGGUUUUAGCUUUAGAAGCUUCCCAUCCUUGUAUUUAUUUAUUUCAUUUUGGAGGGAAUUUCCACUGUGCCCAUUGCAGAAAAAUUGCAAACCAGCAUCACUUUACCAGUUGGUGUCAUCAUCAACAUCAUUUGCCAGUGCUUUUUAUUUUUUGUUUAUUUGUAUGUGACUUCAUCACAUAGUAUAUUUCAUGCUGAUGAAAUGUUUCUGUGUGAUACACCCUGUAGAUUUUAUGUAGUUAAAUGGAUGUUUGUGGGCAAAAGUUUUGCCUCUAGCAAUAUGUCCAAAAAUCUAGUAUCCUACAAUAUCAUUUGUUUGUUUUACUGUUGUUGUUACUUUUAAGUUUAAUUCUUGUUAUGAAUCUAGUGUUUGAGUUUAUCAGCUAGAAUUCAGUUUAUGAGGUAACAAGUGCUUAAUCUGCAGGUUGUUAACGGAUAUCCUGCAGUAAUAAACUGCUCUUUGAUUCAAGUUGGUUGCCCAGUAUGAAAGUUGUUGUCAACACAUGUCUCCAAUUGCAACAUACUUUCCUAUAGAACUGGCAGUUUACAAGGGAGGUUCAAGGGGUAGAGGUGGAUCUAAUGAUAUGUCUUGAGCUCAUUUCUAGUUUCUUAUUUUUACUCCUCUAACCUCUGUUGUAAAUGGCCCAGAACUUUUUAUACAAGCCCUGUUUUUAUGUUUUAUGACUUCAACAAGAAAAAUGGUUGUGACUCCAUAUUCUGGUUCAGUUCAGUUCUUUUCACAAUUUCUUUGUCUGAUGUGAGACUAAUCAAAUUUAUCUUAAUAACUUUUAUACCACUUUAUUAUUUUUUUGUGAAUUGGAAGAUGCAUAAAAAUUAAUAAAUGUGUUAUCUUCAAUAUUUCUAUGUAAAUAAUCAUAAAUCCUGUAUUGAAAUUGAUUAAUAAGCCAAGAUGUGUGUGUUUAGUGUCUUCAGUGUUGUAGUGGUAUGUCCUCUGCUGAAUGAAGUAGAGGAAUGAUUGUUUAUUUUCCGGCCCUUCUCCCACCCCCGAGUCACAGGGUGUCUGAGAAUUAAUGUCAUGUUUGCUGUUACUCAUCCUAGUUUAAUAGAAAGAGCUACACAGCAAUUCCAAUGUGGUAUUAUGUAGUAAUGAACUGAUUGUACACAUUGCUUGUUCGUACAACAAUUGGUCAUGGCACAAGUCUGCCUUUCAUUUAGAACACUAGAGAAUGAAAAAUUUCAAAUACACCCUGCUACAAAAACUAAUUUUCACUAAACUGGUACAUCUGAGUGUUUUCUAUUGUCUUCUUCCCAAGCUUGGACCAACUUGCUGUGACAUCCCCUUCAAGUAUGUUAUGCCAGAAAAUUGGAAAAGGAAAAAAAAAACAACUAAGUCCAUGGCAGAAAUAUUUAUUCUUGCGAUACUAGCUGUGUAUUGUGUUUGUGUUAAGAUUUGUGAAAUUUGUGACCCUCUCCCCUUUCCCCGAAUUAUAUGACCUUGAUUUGUAUCCUUCAUACAUUAAAAACUUCAAAUGUGUUUGUUCAGCUAUGGUUAAAGAAGUCAGAACUCUCAACUCUUAAAUUUCAUUUAUCAUUUUGUUUUGUCAUGGAGCAGUGUCCUUUUUAUUUUGUUCUCAUUUAUUAAAACCUAUACUUCACUUGAAAGAAUGUUGAGAGUUCUCUUCAUCUUUAUCCAUGCUCCAUAAUGCAGGCUAGUAUGUGUGUUGCAUGCUCUAGCCCUGAAAUCUGUUUUCCUCUAGUCGGCUCCAGCACUUUUACUUUUGCGGGGUUAUCGACUGGUAUGUCACAUCCUCUUUAGCAUACAAUGGAAAUACUGAUCCUUUUUUUUUUAACAAAAAAAAAGAAAAGUAAUGGAUAUAUAUUCUGUGAAUCAUACGAUUGUCACUUAAAAUCAGCUGAAUUAAUGCAUGAUUCACUCAUGGUUGCUGUAGCUAUUGAGUUCUUUUCCCUAGCAAUGGUUUUAAAGAUAUAGUUCAGUACUGUGAUUCUUUCUGAUGCAUGUUUAUGUGUUCAUGUCAAGCAGUUAAGGUCAACAAGAAAUUUAUACAUUCAGCUGAUUAAAAGCACGUAUGAAAUGCAUCAUUCUAGGGAGUGAAGAGUGCUUACUCUUAGUUUGCAUCUGAAGUGGUGCGAACUGAAACAUCCAUGAAUGGCUAAAUGUAGGAAAUUCCAUGGUGUUGCAACCUGUGUCUGUUAACCCCAGCCUUUGGUGUGUUCUGUUGGAGUUCCCCAAUAUUGCUAUGUAGGCUAGUAUUACUAAACUCAUACCAGUAUUUCAGUUGUAACUGGUCUUGGAGAAAUAUAAAUGGUACAUCAAAUGUA